AGGUGAUUGGCUGAACAUAAACUAAAGUUGCAAUAUAGAAUGCACAGUAAGUUUUAUUGAUAAACUGAUCGGACGUUUGCCUAUCUUGCAAAGAUGAACGGCAACAUCGUUCUAAUCGUGCUUUCCAUAGCAACAGUUGCAGAAUGUGGUUGCGGAGAUUGGAGUGUUUGCACACGUCGCUGUUCUGGUGGUCAAAGAGAGCAGACUUGCGAUUCGGGGCUGUUUGGCUGGGGUUCUGAGAAACAUGAAGAAAAAUGCAAUCAGUUUUGUUUUAAUGCGGGAACGUACUCCAACAUGAGAUGUUACUGUUCCGCCUGGAGAAGCGGAAGUUGUUGUGAAGACUGUCGGCACAUUUCGAUCCCCCACUGUAUGCCCGGAUACCAGCAAUGUGGUGGAAGCCCUGACGGGAUAAGAUGCACAUCCUGCUAUCUCCCUUACCAAUCAGCCGGAUACAAUAAUGGUUGUGUUCGAACACCUUGCAGCGAUAGGAAUGGGCUGUGUGAGCAUACCUGUCUGACAGAGAGAGGCGUUCCCAAGUGCUUGUGUCGCAGUGGCUAUCUGCUUGAUACGAAUGGGUACUCGUGUAUAGAUAUCAACGAAUGCCGUGAUGGUUCUGCAAGAUGCACUCACAUAUGCACUAACACCGUGGGUUCGUUCAGCUGCUCUUGUCUAGCUGGGUAUAGGCUUGGCUCGGACGGAAGAACUUGCUCAGACAUUGAUGAGUGCCUAACUGGCACGGCACAUUGCGCACACGUGUGUACCAACACCAAUGGAUCAUUCAGUUGUUCGUGUGACCCUGGUUUCCAGCUACAGUCAGAUCGACGCACGUGUUCAGAUGUUGAUGAAUGCAGCGUUUCAAAUGGACGUUGUUCCCAUAUCUGCCACAACCUUCCGGGCUCCUACAUAUGCGAAUGUUCAACGGGCUUUAAACUCGACACAAACAAAAAAGAUUGCACCGAUAUUAAUGAAUGCCAGACGGGGACAUCACGCUGUUCACAAAAAUGCAUCAAUACUGCCGGAAGUUACAUGUGUGGAUGUAGUGAGGGAUUUGCCCUCGACAAAGAUAAUGUUUCUUGCACAGAUGUCGAUGACUGCGUUGGUGUGGUUUGUCAAAAUGGCGGACGAUGUGAUGAUAAUAUGAAUUCGUAUUCGUGUUCGUGUGCAGCAGGAUAUAACGGUCAACAUUGCGAAAAGGAUAUAGAUGAAUGCGACGGAUACCUAAACGGUGGAUGUGAAGACGUUUGUGUGAACACUGAAGGCUCAUUCCAUUGUGCAUGUAGCGGAAAUGCCACUCUGCAAAGCAAUGGAUAUAUAUGCUCUGGUUCAGACAACCUUUCCCCAAGCAUUUUCUCUCGUUAUGGCCUGGUUCGACGCUUACUACCAAGAGGAUGCUCAACUAUUUUAAUGAAUAAAUGCGGGACAGGGAAUACUCUGAACAUAAUUCUGUCGUCAACAUCUACGUGGUAUAAACUGAAAACUAACAGCAAUAUUAAAUAUACAUUCGGAAUUGCGUUUGUGGAGAUCAACGCACUGGCAAUGCCAUUGUCAGUAUCGGGUUUACAAAUAGAUAUCAGCACAUACAAGAUAAUUACAGGUUCACUUCAGUUUUCGGAAAAUAAUGGAAUCGAAGAAGGGGAAACACGAAGACACGAAUGCUUGUCAUUUGAUAUUACCCCGCGCGAUAUUUAUGACAUUCUGCAAGAAAAUUCGUUCACCAAAACAUUCCUUAACAAUAUUAAAGAUAUGUUACCCCCAUGGUUAUCCUUCAGUCAAUCAGGUAGUGUUUUGCUGGGACUAAAUGAUCUUCACGUGGAUAUCGAAGACGGGAAUGCAAUAGAAAAAGGAGAGUGCAAAGGAGCACCUUUGGAUGCCGCGAAGUUAUACACGGUGUUUAAAAUUGGUAAAGGAUUCCAGAUUUCAUUGUAUGGAAAAAAUAUAUCGAUGCCCGAGCACUUGCAAGGUCGAAAAUACUGCAUUAUAGUUGACAUUUGCCAAGACUUUGGCAAUACUGUUUUCUUGAUUUUACCUGAAGAAUCAAGGGACAUUUUGGAUGACGUUACAAUGUUUCAAUCACUGGCACAUUACGGGAUAAAAAUUCGCCCCAUUGGUUUAGGUUUCUCACUAACAAAACACAUUAAUGUUGACACCACAGAUAUUACAGUUUGGCGAGGCGAGGACACAUUUUUCAAAUAUAUGGUGAAUACAUCAGCAAACAUUUGGAUGAAAGGCGCUGCAAGUAUGGAACUUGGUCCAUUACGAAUAGAAGGACAAGCUGAAGCUUUCAUUUCAAUUCCAUCGUUGAACAAUCUUCUUAAGAGUUUGUUCAUGGGGGAAUGGCAAUUUGGGGCACACAUUACUGCAAAAGGUGCACUUCACUUUGAGUUCGAAAUGUUCGGGAAAAGUGUGCGCAUCAAUUUGUUACGCACCAAUGCACUUCUAGACUUGUAUGGAUCAUUGGGAGGUCUUGAAAACAGAACUUGGUGUGGAGCACAUGCUAACCCAUCCGGUGUCUUUCUGAAUGUUUUGGUUGAUAUAAACAUUUUUAAGGAUAUACCCGUGCUUAGUUUGGUAAAUGCGGACGUAAAUGCAAAAGUUCAUGCAUACUUACUCAGUGACCCCACGUCAAGCACUAAAAAUAGUAUCAAUUUACUAGAGGAUGUUCUCAAUGUCAAGAACUUUACCGAAUCGUUCAUAAAUCUAACAGUAAAAUCAGCAUUCCAGUACGCGUCUAUUUUAACCAAUCAAUCAGUUGUGUGUCUGCAAGACAUCAAUGAAAUGGCUGAACAAAUGGUCGGAAAAUUAGAGCAUAUUGCUCAAGUAUUGGCGAAUUUCCCCAAAUCCGAUUUACAAACAAUUUUAACUGUCUUGGAAGGGUUUGACGACAUAUGGAACGAUGGAAUUGAAUCAUUAAAAAUCCAGACAACGAAUUUUGUUGAAUCUUUAAAGAACAACACACAUCUUGCAGCGAAUAAAUAUGAAAAAUUAUUCUCAAACGAAAUAAACUACAUUGAGCGUCACAUAACAAAUACAACAGACAAAUUGAUGAACCAAGUAACAGAUGUCUUCAAAAAGCAAGAAGGAUUCGGAUUGAAAUUUAAUGGCGAAAUUAAAUUUUUUGGUAUCCAGUUACUUGGUCUGGAAAUAGAAUUUAUUUAUUCAUCGGGAAAUAAAAAGUUGUCAUGCAAUAGCUACAAUACGGGACUCGAUAUUAUGAAGAACGAAAAGGCGAUUCGGUUGAUUGGAGUUGUCAAAACCGGGGUGAUAAAAAUAUGUCCGUUCAUCAGGAUGGGCAUCGGAGCUGGUUUCGGAAUGGCAAUAAGUCUUGAAACAAAUGGAAAAUUUGAAAUAAUAUAUCGAAUCGAAGCGACGAUCCUUGGUAUGACAGGUCAUGCUGAUAUUUACAUCACAUCAACGGGUUUAUACUUCUUUAUCGAAGGCAAUAUCUGGUCAAUUUUCAAAGCGCAGCUUGAUGUUUCUUGUGAAAAACAAUUGUUGCUUGAGGAUCACAGCCAAUCACAACUGGAAGACAUAACACUGAGAGUGAAAGGUCAGCUUAUUGCAGACGCAGAUGGUGAUGGUGAUUUUUCUGAUAGUUACCUGUCUGCACUGAUGAAAUUCACAAACCAUCUCGCAGACGAAGCUAAUGCGCGUAUCAGCAGUGUCCAGGAUGCCUUUACUAAAGCACAGGGGAUUCUUUCUGAUGCCCAAAAUUGGCUUGAGGAGAAAAAGACUGUUAUAAGAUCUGCCAAUGCUGCGUUUGACGCAGCAGUAAGAGCUAUGGAUAUUGCCAAAAACAAACUGGAAGAAGCGAAAAUUCCGUUUCAAAAUGCAAUUGACUCUUUGAACGAAGCGCAGAGAAAGGUUGACAGAUUAUGCCAAAUUAAAACAUGUGAUAGGAUUUGCAUCCCAGGAUUAGAUUGCAGUAUUUGUUGGAAGAAAAUAUGGUUUGUUAAUAUACCAUACCCAUGUUGCCAUUUCACCAGUUGCAUGUUUUCCAUUCCGAACCCAAUAUGCGAAGCAAUCAAUUUGGGUUGUUACGCAAUUCGCGGAAUUGCAUACGCUGCACUGGAGUUAGCAAAGUUGGUAGUACGACUUCCUAUGCUUGUCUUAGAUGCUGCUAAACUAGCAGUUUCUGGAGCUCAGUUUGUUGUCGAUAAAUCACGAGUCGUGCUUAAGAUUGCCGAGGGUGCACUUAGUCUUGCCCAGAUUGGUCUAGAAGGAGCAAACGUAGUUUUGGAAGGCGCAAAGCUGGCUUUGGAAGCAGUCAAACAAGUUGUUAAACUUGGAGUUAUGGUGCUUAAUUUCGUUAUCAAGUACGCUAUACAGACUCUUAUAGAUGUAAGAAACUGUGGUUUUGAACUAGAUUUAUCCACACGUGAUUUGCCGAUUUUUGACGUUCACUGCGAGAUCAAUGCUUUUCGAUUAGGGUUUAAGCAAGUGCGCAUCAGAAUCAAUUUCAACGACCCUGUGCAAAGUAUUUGGAAUGCUGCAAAAGCCACAAUUGAAACAUUGCUCGAGACCAUAUCUGAUGUUAUAUCUGGUAGACGGAAACGGGAAAUUCGAGACAAAACACUGUCCGGAAUGUACCUAGCGAUGCGAUCGAUACGAGACGCAGAUAUAGAUACAGAACAUUUUGAUGUGUUCGUUAAUCAGACUAUCGAUACUGUUUACAAAACACCUGGGUUUAAAAAUAUAACAACACAUAAAGCUGAGGCAUACGAAUACCGGAAACAGAUAUUCAGUGAAAAAUGUUCAAAAUUCAAAACAGUCCACUCCUUUCUCUACGACACAAUUGAAUCACUAUUAGAAAUGGUACACACAACUGCUGACACCUUUUCCAAUAUAUCCAAUACCCAGUCAUCUGUACUUUCAUUUAACAUGGACUCAAUAACCGCCAAUUUUUCCAUUGACAGCAUUGGAAUAGACCCCGAUGUAGCUGAAAACGAAUUCAAUUUAAGCAUCUCAACAUUGAGUGAAACAGUUGAAUAUGUAAGAGGUAACCUAUCAACAAAUCCAUUAUUAAACAAUGUCGAAAGUCUUGCAAAUGAGGCAACCACGUUCAUGGAUACACAGAUUCACAGCUCAAACAAAAUAUUGAUAGUUAACCAAUGGGUGGCAGCAAUGAACAAUGUCUCCAGUGAAUAUUUUGAUAAUGAUACUUGCGUUUCAUAUCUAGAUUGUGCUCAUUACUCUGUCUCUGCACUGUAUGAAAGUUUUACGGCUGUAAACGUUACCAACCAAACAGACAGUCUUCAAAGUAUUUCGAAAUUUGAGGAUGAAUUUCUUCGUCUCGUUGGAAAUGGAUCACACACCAUAAUGGAUGUUGAUACAAUGGCGGCGAUUUUAAUCUCAUGGCUUGAAAAAAUACAGUCGUAUAACGUUUUUUGUUCGAAAGCGCCAGAAAGAAUUGAAUCGCUUCGUAAUCAGUCUGUUAGCAUCGGAAGUGUCGUAUCUAUUGUUUGCAAUGCAACGGGCGAUCCUUCCCCUACAUUCUGGUGGUACAAGGAUGACGAAUUGCUGGAAAACUUCAAUGAAAUGAUACUAACAAUUGCAAAUGCGACACCAGAAGAUGCUGCCAAGUAUUAUUGUGUUGCCGGGAACCUGGUAGCGAACUACACAUUUGACUCAGCUGAGAUAGUUGUAUUCGAGGAGGAAAUACGUCAAGAAACUAGUUAUAACAAUACUGACAGCUACUUUGCAACGCAAACACACCAAAUCGACAGUGGUGGUUUAUCAGGAACCCAACCUGUGUCAUUCAAAGCGACCACUGAAGAAGCCAACCAGCAAGUUAAAAUUAAAGUUGUGGAAGACAAUGGACAUGGCGGAUCAUUGGCGGCCAUCAUAGCCCCUGUCUUGUUAGUUGUCGUAUGUGCUAUGAUAAGCGCCGGUGUGCUUAUAUGGAGGUUCCAUAAAAGGAAAAUGGCCAGGAAAGACAGCACUGCAACAAGUUGGGCAAGUCUGAACAUGGUUCGCCCGCAAGCCGGCAAGAAAGCAUUUGUCCCCCUUCCCCCAAAAAAGAAGUUUGCAAAGAACGUAGAGAUGUAAAUCUAUCUCUCGAUUUAAAAAAAAAGACAAAUCUUUUUUUUGUUUGGGGUGGGAGGAUUUGAAUCCAAAUUAACUUAUUACUUUGGCAGAUUAAUAGAAGGUGGUGGUUCUAGGGUAUUUGUUGAUUAAAAUUAUUUGAAGUUAAGUUUUAAACAUAAAGACACAAUGAUGUUUCGAUUCAUUUUUGUUAGAGUGUUUCAAUAAAAACAUUUUUGUAUAAUAGAAGUUUAGUUUUAUCGGUUGUGGAUGUCUUGUAUUUAAAGCUUUGAUACAGGAAAACAAUAUUUUGGAGACUUAGAUCAUUAAAUCAGAAGCAUAUUUUCCAUCUUUGAUUCAUGUUUGUUUAUGUAUUUUAAAUAUAUAUUCGGAAACUUGAUACUUUAUAGAAUGCAUGUUAAUCUAUGUUCUCUGCAAGGAAUUCGUCUAAAUAAUUGUUUUGUCUUUAAAAUGCAGCUAUACGAGAGUGCGCUUAAGUUGUGUUCAAUUAUUGAUUUAUUAUUACUCAAUAUGUUUGCUGCUUCGCUACUUUAUCGACUUGCUAAUAGGCUGUACCGUUGAUAACAAUUAACAACCAUUAGGAUUGUGUCUUAACAAUAGACUGAUGAAUUUAGGGCGACUCUUAAAGAAAAUGCAUUAGCCAGUUUUCCCAGAAGCCGACUCAAAUACAAUCAUGAGAAUAUUUUGAUUGAUUUAUAAGUAUGUCAUUUAAAGCAAUUACACAUUUAACUGUGCUAACUUUUAUGUUGUCAAUACGCGUUGGAGUGAAUUGUUGAAUGUCUCAUGAGCAUUUUUGUGACUUUAU